AUGCCUACUACUAUUCCACAACGUACUAUUACUAUUAGGCUCGUUGCCAUAGGCUCUAAUUAUGCCCAGGUCUCCGAAUUGCUAAACAUACCUAUUCGGAAGCUACAAGUGGUACAUGACCACUUUAUUGCAGAUGCUCCUCGUUCUGCCGACCUCAAAAGCAAGAGGCUACUCAGCAUAAAGUACCAUCAAACAACUUAUGCUGAUUUGGCCGGUGAGCUUAGAUCCAAGGACACUUUGAUAUCUGCAAUGACAAUGUGGCAUAUAUUGAAAAAAGCAGGUCUCCGGAAGACGAAACCGACUCGUAAGCCUGGAUUGACACGGACGAUGAAGUCAUAA